UGUACUACAUCUACAAUAGAAGUGUAGUUGAUAAUAAUGAAAAAUAUGGUUCUGUUGACUUUGUGCUACGUGGGAAGAACCGGGCUCUGAAAACACAAAAACAAGCUUGUUACAAAAAUGACGACCACGAAUUAUUUGGAUUUGGACAUCAACAAAUUAUUCGAGGACUUCACGAUCAAGGAAAUUGAAGGAAUCCAAAAGAAAAUUCAAAACGAAAGUGACAGAAAGAAAAUUGAGCUACGAACUCUUGUUGGGGAAAGGUACCGUGAUUUAAUAUUGGCAGCUGAUACAAUUGGGAAAAUGAAGAUAACUUCUGAACGUGUCAUUUCAAGAAUUGUUAGUAUUGAAGAUAAAUUCAGAGAACUGCAGAAGAAGUAUCUAAUUGGUUUUAAAAUUGAUCCGACUAAGAAUCAGAAUGAUAGAUCUAUAGAAGGAAUUCAGAGUUCAAUUGUUAUUCAAAUAAAAAUAUUAAUGGACAUUCCUCAGCAUAUUUGGUCCAAUAUUGAAAACAAGAAUUUAUUUUUUGCCACACAGCUGUAUUUAGUAGCCCAACAUAUAAAUUAUAGUUUAUUGUUUGAAGUAGGAGGUGCUGACUUGUCAAACAAGUAUCCAAUUGUUUCCAAACAAUGGGAUGUUAUUAGUCAGUUUAAAAAUAUUAUAACUACCGAAUGCAAUCAUAUAUUGCAGUCAUUGGAAGUGCAACCAGAGAGUACAGCAAAUUGUUUAGCUGCACUUGUGCUAAUAAAUGGAACUUCAUUCUCAGACUUAUUAGGCAUGUUGAUAUCCAUGCGAAGUCAUGCUAUUAAAUCCAUUAUCACAGAUGAAAAUGACAGCAGUGUUAAGAAUAAAAUCAAAUUAUGCAUUAAAAUAUUAAUUCAAACAGUUAACCUGAUGUAUUCAUGUUUCAUAAACACAGAGAACAAGUCUGGUGGUCUUGUUCUGCAGUACAUAGCAAAGAUUCAGGAUCAGGAAGCAUAUUCUUUGCUUUCUCAGUUGGAUGUGAAUGAAGAAUUGCUGAAAGAAUUUCUACCGUCUGUAACAAAACAGCAUAAACCAUUCCUCCAGGACAAUGCCGGCAACUUUGUUAUACCUAACUUGCAAAAGAGUGUUAAGUCCUGGUUAGAAUGGGUUGUUGAUUUUUGUAAUCGAGAGGUCACAAAGUUAUUGGACUUAAUAGUAUCCAUAAAAGGUUUAUAUUACGUUCGUGAAGAAGCAGUUUGCAUUAAUCUUCCCGAUAAUUGGAAUUCUAUUUGGGAAGAAUUGUCUUUGCCUAGGAUCACGUUUUGGGUGGAAUUCUUUCAACCUAUCAUAUCUCGAAGAGCAAAAAAUAUUAUAAAUGACAAGUGGAUGGAAACGAUAACUAAAUUGAAAGCCGACGUGGUGGAGUUACUCAAUAAAGCAAUGAACGAUAAAUUUGAAUAUCCGGAACAUGAUUUGCGAUGGUUCGUUUGGAAGGAUUCUCCCAAUGAUAUUCCUCAAAAGCUUAACAAAAAUGGUGGACUCGAUGGCAGGAGGUCCUUAUUAAUGAAAACCAAGGGAUAUUCGCCCAAUGUUCUCAAAUUAUGCGACAACUUUGAUGCAGGCUUGCAAGCUCUGCUUCAUGAUCUCGAACAAUAUCUAUACGAGACCGAACGCGUAAUGUCUAUCAAAGAUAAUCUAUUGUCUACGAAUAUAUCCUUAAUUUCCGACACAUUCUCCGAUCGCUCAGAAAUCCAGGAACAUCUGCAAAUGAUCAGUUCCACUAUGAUAGAAGACUUCAUCAAUUUUGUGAAAACCGCAUGCGUUAAUGAUAAGCCCGAACAUGGUCAGCGCGAUAUAAACGCUGUUGUAAUGGCCAGAUUACUUUCGGCAUUGACAACCCUCAGCUCGAACUUAAACAAAUGUUUUACGCUUUCGAAAGUGUCUGGACUGACUAUCACGAAUGCGAAAUGGCAGUCGAUUUGCGACAAACUGAAAGAAGACAGUACAUCUGUGUGGUCAUUUUGGGCCAGCGCGUAUAAAGCUAAAAUAAUUGAGCAUAGAGAAAGACACAUAUCCAAAGAACCACUGGAUGGUUAUCGAAUACACGUGGUGAUUUCAGAAUGGCAGAAAGUAACCAUUGAAGAAGAUUCUGGAGAGGGUAAAAGGAUAAAGUCGGAGAUUCUAGUCCCAUAUCAGCCAUCUAUACAGCUACAAAAGUUCUUAACUGCAGUUAGCAAAGAUUUGAAUAAAAUAAUACCGCAUACUGUUCCAAAGAAGAUACUACACGAUAUUAUAGAAGAUAUUGCUAUGGAGUUGUUAAACUACUAUAUUGCUGCGUGUGAGAGUGCAAAUCUUUCGCAAAAACAAGCGCUCCAAGUGCUGUUUGAUAUUAAAUAUUGUACCCUGCUAAUGGUGCCACGAGAAAAUAAAGCUUUCUCUGAUUUAUCUACGAAAGCCUGCGACAAUGUACUGUCGAAAAUAGACCCAUUCGAUUACGAUGUCUUUAAUCCGUUUAUUCAUACUAACGUGAAGAGAAGCGUUCAAAGAUCUCUGAUAAUACUUGGAAAUCUAGUGCCCCAUUUAGAACAGCUUCAUUCGAUUUUGGGUGCACGAAACGAAUACAGUAAUACCGAGGGUGUGAAAUCAGAUUUGCCUACGGUGUUAGCACUAUGCAACGGUGCACCCUGGUUUCCAUCUUUGACAGUGACUGCACCAGCAAGGAGUUUGCCUUUGGUGCCUGUAACGAUACCAGAAAAAUUACAGCGAAAGAAGGUUACUGGUAAGGAAAACAUAAAAAAUGAUUCCACGGGAGCUACAAUAAAGUCUGGUGCGGCAGCGUUUUUCGGAGCAAUGGGCAGCGACUGGUUCAGCAGUAGUUAAUUUAUUUUGUUAAUUCGACCAAUUUGUCGAACGUUGUACAUAUUGUUAAUUGUAUAUAUACGUUAGUUAUAUAUUAUGUAAAUAUCAAGUCGUGAAAUAUUGCCUUUUUCAUUACUCUCAGUAUUGAAUAAAACGAUUUUAUACAAUCUUUA